GUCCAGCAGUGCUUGGUUGGUGGUCAUGGUGGUGGUGGUGGUUGGGGUGACGCGUCCGUCGUGGGACUACCAACACCGGGCACUGACGCGUUCCUCCUACUUCCAAGCAACCUAGCCAUGACCGACGACACUGUCCUGCCCAUACCGAAUCUCAGCCUCUCGCAACACUUGUUUACACUUAUGAACCCUUCUCUGGGUCAUCUACACGAUGUCGCACGCAAAUCGCUCUUGGAAGGCAUCAAGGCAGACAACAUGGCCCCCUACUAUUGGGCGCUCACCUCUUCAAGUGGGAUAGACGUCGACCCGGCUCUCCUCGAAUCCAUGGAAAAGGCAAACGAAGAGCAACUCAAGAAAUUGGAUGAACGUCUGGCUGAAGCCCAGAAGACAGAGGGGGAAUCUGAAAUAUCGGACGCUUUGAAGGCGAGGGCGAACCAUCUCACUCGGAUAGGUGACAAGGAUGCGGCUGUCGCAGCCCAACGACUUGCCUUGGAGAAAACACCAGGCCUUGGGUCAAGGAUAGACAUUACCCUGACUCUCAUCCGAAUAGGUUUCUUCUUUGGAGAUAAUACCCUCAUCACCGAGAACCUUGCCGGGGCGGAAAAACUCAUCGAGGAAGGGGGUGAUUGGGACAGACGGAAUCGUCUCAAAGUGUAUCGUGGCUUACACGCAGUUUCCAUUCGGCAGUUUAGAUUGGGCAGCGAGCUGUUGCUCGAUGCUCUGUCCACGUUUACUGCUACGGAACUCAUCUCCUAUAAUGACUUCGUUGCACUCGCCGUGAUCAGCAAUACGCUUACCCUCCCAAGGGUAGACUUGAAGAAAAAGCUCAUUGCCUCUCCUGAAGUCAUCUCGGUUCUUCCAGAACUGCCUGUCCUGGAAGAUCUUCUGCGGAAUCUCUAUGACUGCCACUACGCGAAAUUUUUCGUAGCGCUAGCCACACUCGAACAAACGUAUUUACUCCCUUACCGACUUUUGUCUCCCCACACUCGAUACUACGUGCGCGAAAUGCGUAUCCUCGCCUAUGCACAACUAUUGGAAUCGUAUCGGAGCGUGACGCUAGAGAGUCUCGGUGGCGCGUUUGGCGUGAGCGUUGACUACAUCGACAGAGGAACGGAAAGGACGAAGAGCAAUGGCAAGAACACUUGCCUUUAUUCAGAAUGGUAG